AGAUGGUGUACUCCGUAGCGCAGUGUUAUUUUUUCUUUUUUUGCAUCUGUUUUCUUUUUCUUUUUCUCUUUUUUCUUCUUGUUGUCGUUACAUCGGCUUUUUACUCCAUCUCUCCCAUGGUCAGUCAGCCCCCGUGACACUUUUUUUUGAGCCUAGUGGCACGCGGCCUGCGGACUUCGCUUCCAAACAUCAACCCGAUGACCGACUUCCAUAUUCGAUCGAUACUGAGUUGCAUCGCCCACAAUUUGAGACGGGUCGUCGCUUGUGAUUUCUUGCAGUCAGGGUUCGAGCCCCAUUUCUAUUGCCAAAGAUUAGGUACGAAAUGAAAUGAAGUCAUCACUUCAACUAUGGCCAAUUCACCAUGUAGUUUUUUUCCAAGUUCGAGCAGUUACUCGACCGACAACUGGUCUGAAUAAGGCUGGUGAACUAGCUAGCCCCUCAACCAUCUAGCCUGCUGGUCGGCGACAGCGGGCUGAUCAUGGUUCGUCUCACCGCACACGCAUAAAAGAUGGAACGGUUCGACUUUAAAAAAAAAUAAAAAAAUGUUGCACAGACCAUGACAAAUGAUCUCCCCUCCUGAAACCCAACUUGUGCAUCCGUUAUUAUCGUGGUGGCAGCCUUCCUCCCAGCCCUUGUGUCCUUGUCAGUAAUCGCUUCUUUUUGUUCUGGUUUCUUUCCCCUUGCUUUCCUGUUCGAGUCUGAGAUCCAAACCCUGCGCCAAGCUAUCGCCAAAGCUUCAGCUGCAUAAUCUCGAUUGAGAGAUCCAGACCCCCAACCCCCAACAAAACCCACCCCACACACAAACGCAAAAGCACUUCACUCAAAAGUUACCACCAACAUCCAUCACAUCAUGGCGCGCAAGGGGAGCGGGACUUGGUUCACCCAUGUCCGCGGCGCCAUCAUCAUCUUCCCCUGGGUUGUCUGGCUGCUUCUGAUCGACAUUUCCGUCUCGGCCCUGCUGCCCAUCAAGUCGCUGUUCCCCAAUUUCACCUAUGACCUCUCGUCGGCGCUCGCAUGGACGGUCUGGCGCUGGAUCCAAUGGAUCUUCGAGGACGUCAACGGCGCGCGCGUCACCAUAUCGGGCGACCCUCUGCCGGCCAACGGCGAGAGCGCCGUCAUCGUGGCCAACCACGUGAGCUGGAACGACUUUUACAUGGUCCAGGCGGUCGCAGUGCGCGCCGGAAUGCUCGGUCGCUGUCGCUACUUUGCCAAGAUCCAGCUGCGGGCUGUGCCUUUUCUGGGUUGGGGUUUGUGGGCACUUGGGAUGCCCAUGGUAACGAGGAAUUGGCUCCGGGACAGGGAUGAGCUCAAUAGGGUUUUUGAAGGAAUUGUGAAUCGGAGGUGGCCAACUUGGCUCGUAUCCUUCUCAGAAGCCACGCGCUUCACGCCCAAAAAGUACGAAGAGUCAAAGCAGUGGUGCGCGACCAACGGCAAGCCGCAGCCCAAGCACCUGCUCUACCCGCGUACAAAGGGCUUCAUCGCCACGGUCCAGCACCUCCGGCACGCGUCGCACGUCAAGGCCGUCUAUGACCUCGCCAUUGCGUACCAGAAGGACGGCUCCUGGAUGGUGGCGCCCGUCUUUUGGGACACGCUGAGCGUCCCGGGCCUGUCGGCCCCCGGCCCCCACGGCUUCCGCUUCCACGUGCACGUGCGCCGCUUCCCCAUCGAGGAGCUGCCGCAGAGCGACGCGGACCUGGCGCGCUGGCUGGAGCAGCGCUGGGUGGACAAGGGGGAGUGGCUGGAGGGGUUGCGGCAGAGGUGGGCCGAGGAGGAGAAGGACGAGGAAAGUAAGGCUGUGGACGGUGCAAAAGUGUGAGUGGUAUAGUUGCUCCAGGGCUAUAUGGGGAGGAAAUCGGGAGCCAAGGGCGGUUUACACCUGACGCAAUGAAAUGAUAUGUUUCGGGUCUUUUUCUCCGUCUUCCGAUCGUGUAUGUUGUCGUUU